UUCUGACAUGUUUAGCGAGUGGAGUUCUGCUAAAAAGAUUAGACUCGGACAUUUUUAGGCAAGAUGGGGAAACUAAUCCGGAAAAAGAAACCGCACCGCUACUUAGCCCCUGGCCCCGGGCCUGCCUGUCUUUUUUAAGUCACUCUUGCAUAAGCUGCCGCUCGCGAGAAGGAGCCAAAAACUGUUCCACCCCUCUAAGGAGAGCGUGCCCUUACUCAAGAUGGCACCUAGAGAGCUUCAGGCCUGGUACGCUGCUGAUUGGAUGAAGGACAGAAGGCUUCCGGGAGUUUUCAAGCCGACCGUGUGGCAGCUGAGGGGAGUUUUGCACGUGGAUCGCCGUUCGGGUGGGCGAGAUGGAGACAGCCCCCAAGCCGGGCAAGGAUGUCCCACCCAAGAAAGACAAACUUCAGACCAAGAGAAAGAAACUGCGGCGAUACUGGGAGGAAGAGGCCGUUCCGACCACAGCCGGAGCCUCUCCAGGGCCUCCUCGUAACAAGAAGAAUCGGGAGCUCCGUCCUCAGAGACCAAAAAAUGCUCGCAUCUUAAAGAAGUCUCGGAUCUCUAAGAAGCCUCAGGUCCCGAAGAAACUCCGAGAAUGGAAGAACCCAGAGUCCCAGCGGAGCUUGUCCGGGGCCCAAGAUCCAUUCCCAGGCCCCGCCCCCGUCCCUGUGGAGGUGGUCCAGAAGUUCUGUCGCAUUGACAAAUCCCGAAAGCUACCACAUUCUAAAGCCAAAACUCGAAGCCGACUUGAGGUGGCUGAAGCUGAGGAAGAGGAAACGAGUAUCAAAGCUGCUCGUUCUGAGCUGCUGCUUGCUGAAGAACCUGGGUUUCUGGAAGGGGAGGAUGGGGAAGACACAGCAAAGAUAUGCCAGGCUGACAUUGUGGAGGCUGUGGACAUUGCAAGUGCAGCCAAGCACUUUGACUUGAAUCUGCGGCAGUUUGGACCCUACAGACUAAACUACUCUCGAACUGGAAGACACCUGGCUUUUGGAGGGCGCCGAGGUCAUGUGGCUGCCCUUGAUUGGGUAACAAAGAAGCUUAUGUGCGAGAUCAACGUCAUGGAGGCGGUGCAGGACAUCCGGUUUCUCCAUUCUGAGGCACUGCUUGCUGUUGCUCAGAACCGCUGGCUCCACAUCUAUGACAAUCAGGGCAUUGAGCUCCACUGUAUCCGCCGCUGUGACCGAGUAACACGGCUUGAGUUCCUGCCCUUCCACUUCCUCCUGGCUACAGCUUCAGAAACAGGCUUUCUAACCUACCUGGAUGUGUCAGUGGGGAAGAUUGUGGCAGCUCUGAAUGCUCGAGCUGGGCGGCUUAGUGUUAUGAGUCAGAACCCUUACAAUGCCGUCAUCCAUCUCGGACACAGCAAUGGUACUGUGUCUUUAUGGAGUCCAGCUAUGAAGGAGCCACUGGCAAAGAUCCUCUGUCAUCGUGGUGGCGUCCGGGCUGUGGCAGUAGAUUCUACAGGCACGUACAUGGCCACCUCUGGCCUAGACCACCAGCUGAAAAUCUUUGACUUGCGAGGGACGUACCAGCCUCUGAGCACUCGGACCCUGCCCCAUGGAGCAGGGCACCUGGCCUUCUCCCAGAGGGGACUGCUGGUGGCGGGAAUGGGUGACGUUGUCAACAUCUGGGCAGGGCAGGGCAAGGCCAGCCCACCCUCCCUUGAACAGCCCUACCUCACCCACCGGCUCUCAGGCCCUGUGCAUGGCCUUCAGUUCUGCCCCUUUGAAGAUGUGCUGGGGGUGGGGCACACUGGGGGCAUCACCAGCAUGCUGGUCCCUGGGGCCGGUGAGCCCAACUUCGAUGGCCUGGAGAGUAAUCCAUACAGAAGCCGGAAGCAGCGCCAGGAGUGGGAGGUGAAGGCCCUGCUAGAGAAGGUACCUGCAGAGCUUAUUUGUCUGGACCCACGAGCCCUGGCCGAGGUGGAUGUCAUCUCCCUGGAGCAGGGAAAGAAGGAGCAGAUAGAGAGGCUGGGCUAUGACCCGCAGGCUAAGGCUCCCUUCCAGCCAAAGCCAAAGCAGAAGGGCCGCAGCUCCACGGCAAGCCUGGUGAAGAGGAAGAGGAAGGUCAUGGAUGAGGAACACAGGGACAAGGUCCGGCAGAGCCUUCAGCAGCAGCAUCAUAAGGAAGCGAAGGAAGCGAAGGCCAAGCCCACGGGGGCCCGGCCAUCUGCCCUGGACAGAUUUGUGCGCUGAGCCAGACUCCAGGGUUGCCUGGGAACAGUCUCUCCCCAAGAUCACCUGUAGGGAAAUGAGUGUUCCCUGGAACAAGGAGGUGGGGGCAGUGUGGCCCCUUCCCCAACUGGGGGUGGACAGCUGUCUCUUGGGGUGGGUUGGUAUUAAAGAGGAAAGCGAUUUUUUGGA